UUUCAGGGUUCGGCUACUAUCAGGGUUUCUGUGCCAAAAAGGGAUGAUGAGUCCAAAGUCAUUGAGAUCUCAGUGCAGUCGUUAUCCGAAAACGUGGGGAGUUUGAAGGUGAAAAUAGCUGGGGAGAUAGAUAUUCCUGCAAACAAACAGAAGUUAAGUGGAAAAGCUGGGUUCUUAAAAGACAACAUGUCGCUUGCACAUUACAAUGUCGGAGCAGGAGAACUCCUAACAUUGUCUGCGAGGGAUCGUGGUGGGAGAAAGAGAUAGAGACCGUUUGGUUGAUACAGGGAAAUGCUUUUUAAUCUCUUAAUUCUUGUUCUUUAAUAGAUGUUUU